AUGUCCUUCCUCGGCGACGACUCAGACGACUCGGCCGUGCUCUCCCCCGUCCUCGGCUCGGGCGUGCCGACCCAGAUCGCGACCGGCAACUUCUGCGUCACCGCGAACGGACUCCUCUGGACGCUCAACGUCGACGAGCCCACGACGAUCUCGAACGCGGACGGCAACUGCUGGGCCCUCGGCCGUCCUGCGGUCACCGUUCCGGUCGUUCUCGACCGCUGCUUGGGGGACGUUUUGGACCAGGAGCAAUGGAACCCGAUUGUUGCUGCUUGA